AUGGUUUUGUCAGUUCUCGUCGCUUUUGGCGCCGUCACCGGCGCUUCGGAAGGCAUCAAAGCCUCCCAAGCAAAGGCCAGGCGAGAAGAGCACCGGAGCAGGAAGAAUAACCUCAUUGUCCACGUCCCGAAGUCUUCCGAAUACAGCCAGACCCUUGAAGGCCGACGGGUGGUCCUGUCCGGGGACAAGUUGUUUGUAGACACUGGACUCGACAACGAUGUCCCCUUCGGCCAUCCCUUUGAGGGAUACUUCCUGGGGUACCCGGAGCUCAACCACCCCGGUCUGGUGUCCACCAUAUCCGACGAAGCGCCUAUCAUGAACUGGAUCUACAUGGACGUGAGCACAUUUGAACUGAAAUUCGGCACGCGACAGUUCUCAGAAGGAAACCUCACCGGGCCGUUCGACUGCACCCGGCAAGAUCGGAGGCUGACCUUACACGGGUACGAGAAUUUCGUGGCCGUGCGACAGGGGCCCUUUUGGGCGCUUUACUUCGACUGGGAUGGUGACCAUCUGGAGGGAAGAGUACCUCCUGGAACGCCAGUCGUCGAGAUAGACCUUGUGAGAAGGGAGCUGCGAAAUCGAAAGCCAAAAAAGCAGCCUGGAGAGCAGAACCCUCUCGCGCAGGACCCACAGGCAGCAACAAACCCAGCAACAAACAACGGGAAUGGCGCGCCAGAGACAGCCGCCGCCGAGAAAUCUGCACAGCAGUCGUGA